AUGGCCAUCACACCAGAUCCCGUUCCGCGUGGCCCUGUAGUUACCAAUAUCAACUACGGACACUUCCCAGCAGCGGGACAAAAAGCCAUCAACUACGUCGAGGACCCGCCGGCAGGCGAGCCAAAGCGCAACGUUGUCGUAAACGCCCAGGACACCCGGAUCGAGGACAUUCGGGGCCGCGAGUCGGACUUUACCCUGGACACGGACGCCUUUGCCGCCGUGCGCGGCGUGCCCGAGUCGGCCGAGCGCGACUUUGUCGACGACGACAGCAUCCGCGCCAAGUACUAUCCCGAGGUUGAGCGGUUCCUGCUCGAUCACAUUCCCGGCUCCCACAAUAUCUUCAUCUUUGACCACACCAUUCGCCGCGCCGACCCGACCGCCAAGCGUCAGGCCGUCUUCACUGCCCACAUUGACCAGACGCCGCUUUCGGCGCCGCAGCGCGUGUACAAGCACUUGCCCGACGAGGCCGAAGAACUUUUGCGUGGCCGGUAUCGCAUUGUCAAUGUUUGGCGGUCGCUGAACCAGGGUCCCGUCGAAUCGAACCCACUCGCCUUUGCCAGCUCUUCUACGUUUUCCAACGAUGACCUGAUACCCGUCGAGCACAGGUACCCCAACGGUUAUACGGGUCAGACGGCAGCUAUUGCGUAUAAUCCAAGUCAGAAGUGGUACUAUUGGAGUGGUAUGACGGGGAACGAGAGGCUGAUGCUAGAGUGUUUCGAUUCGGAUGGCAUCAAGGAAGGCACUGGCGUCAAAGGAGGGCGUGUCCCUCACACAGCCUUCAUUGACCCUAGGACGCGGAAGGAGGCUGAAGGGCGGGAGAGCAUCGAAGUUCGUGCAUUGGUCUUUGGACCCUGA